AUGGUUUCCUCUAAUGACGAGUCCUCGAGCAAAGACGAGAUGAUGCCCGCCGCAUCACCAUCUCAGACCACCGGCAAAGGAAAGGUCAAGGCUAAGAAGGCCAAGUCCACCACGGCCAAGAAGAAGAGGCGUCACAAGCCAAAAGACUUUCCCAAGCGUCCUCUCUCUGCUUACAACAUUUUCUUCAAGGAAACCCGCGAGGCCAUCUUAACCGAGAAUGAGGGCAAGAGCGAGAUUGCCUUUCAAACCAUGGCCAAAGAGAUCGCUUCCAGAUGGAAGGAACUCGACCCUUCUGACAAGGAGCGCGUCAACUCCCUUGCGGAGACGGACAUGAAGCGAUACCGGGAAGAGGUAAAGACCUAUGAAGAAGAGAUGGUGAAGCGCAGCCGUAAGGAACGCGAGGAAGCAGAAAACCUCCGUCGAAUACAGGCAGCCGAAAAGGCGGAGGAGGAAGCUGCCUCCAAUGCCGCGGCUUCCGCUGCUCUCGCCAAGGGACCUGCCACGAUCAACUCCAUGGCGGCCAUGGGGACCAGCAAUGGAUCCUCGGGACUCAAUUCUGCUUCUUUGGAGCAGCAGCUCUCUAAUGCUGGUGGAGGUGGAGGCAUGGAACUCGACGCCUUUCGUCGGGAGCAGAUCCAAAUGAAGCUCCUCGAAGAACUCCGCACGAUUGAAGCACGGGCCAUGCAAAUUCGCCAGUUACAAGCCCAGUUGGGUCUUCCCACGGAUUCCAACAAUGGCCUCGGCGGCCAAAAUGGCUCUCAAGGUGGUUCCGGAGGUAUCCCCAAUGGUCUUGGCCAAAAUGGAGGCGGGGCUUUUGGAGGAGCUCCCGGUGGCUAUGGAGGCCAAUCCAAUGGCCUAGGGGGUUCUCAACAUGGAGCUCCCAGUCCUUCAGAUCUGAUGGGACGCCAAGCUAACCCCGUGCUGUCUUCUCUGGCAGCUGCCCGGGGCGAACCCUCCCUCAACGAGUACGAAAUGUUGCUCAGACAGCGAGCCAUGGGCGGUAUGGGUGGUCUCUUGGGAUUGACCGGAGCUGCCGGUCUAGGAGGCCUUGGCCGAUUGGGUGCCGCUGGUCUAGGAGGCGGAGGCGGGCUCGGUGGUGCUGGAGGAGCCGGUGGCCUAGGAGGAGGAGGCUUCAACAUGGGACUCUUGGGACAACUUCAAGGACUCCAACAAGCCCUGGGAGGUAUGGGUGGCGGAGGUGGUGGCCGAGAUGCAGGUGCUCCAGGUCCUGGCGCUGGGUUUCCAGCCGAUCUGCAAGCAUUUUUGCAGCAACAGCAAGCGCAAGCGCAACACCAGGGAGGUCAGCACUAA